AUGGCGCCCAUCCCCAUCACCAUCAUUACCGGCUUUCUCGGCUCCGGCAAAACGACCCUCAUCCUCAACCUCAUCCCGCAGCUACGCCGCAAGAACCCUUCCUACAAGCUCGCUCUUCUCAAAAACGAAUUCGGCGACCUCGCCGUCGACUCGCAGCUCGCCUCCAGCGCCGCCAUCUCGGGCGUGCAGGAGCUGCUGAAUGGCUGCAUAUGCUGCAACCUCGUCGGCCAGCUGGGCCCGGCCCUUACCGAGCUUCGCGAUACUGUCGCGCCCGACCGCAUCAUCAUCGAGACGAGCGGGUCCGCGUUCCCAGCGACGCUGGCCCUCGAGGUGAAUCGGCUGGCGCGCGAGACGGGCGGUUACAUUCUAGAUGGCGUCGUGAGCGUGAUUGAUGUGGAAAACUGGGAGGGCUACGAGGAUACCAGCUACACGGCAAAGAUACAGGCUAGAUAUACGGAUCUGAUCGUCUUCAAUAAGUGGGAGGCCGCCGGCGAGGACCGCUACGAGGAGUGCGUAGACAGGGUGGGCGAUUUGGAGGUGGAUGUGGCCAAGGUCAAGAGCGACAAGGGCUUCGUCGACAUGGAUCUCGUGUUUGGAAUCGAUGGCGGCCUCGCGCAGCAGCUCACCGACGGCGAUAUCAAAAGUGCUGACGGCGACCACACCAACGGCGACCACACCCACACCAACGGCAACCACAACCACAACCACGACCACCAGAGCGAGGUCGAGGUCCUCUCCCUCGAGAUCCCCGGCCGCGCGACCAUCUCCACCGACAAGCUACAGACGCUGCUCGCCGCCGCGCCCAAGGACGAGGUGUAUCGCAUCAAGGCCGUCGUCACACUCUCCACGCCCCCGCGCAACUCGGACGCCGACGUACCCGCGCCCGACGCCAGCCCGGCGCGGCGCUACAUUCUCAAUUGGGCAUUUGGGCGCUGGACGUUUACUCCCGUGGCGGGCGAGCAGCAGGAGCACGCGAGCAGCGACGAGGCGGCGCUGCGCAUGACCAUGAUUUUGGCGCGGUGCGAGAGCGCAAAGUGGGAGAAGAGAAUCAAGGCGGGCGGCUUCGUGGAGGUGGAAGAUGGCGCCGGCGAGCUGGUCGUCAAGAGAAUAUUAUAA